CGUUUUUUCAACCGGUCCUAUUGCUAACACAGUACUACCCCUUCUCACGCCUACGCUACCAUGUGCUGAGAUACCUUUUCCGGGACCCAAAAGUCGAGACUUUCCAGUGCAAUCAUGGCCCCAAUAGACCGCUGUGACUAUUCGCCGCCAUGGGGGAACGCCAGCAUUAUUGGAGUAGCUGGGAGCUCUGGGUCUGGCAAGACUUCACUGGCUCUUGCGAUUGUGGCGGCUAUGAAUCUUCCCUGGGUCACUAUUCUAUCCAUGGAUUCUUUUUACAAAGUCUUGACGCCUGAACAGUCGGCUGCAGCUUUCAGAAGCGAGUUUGAUUUUGAUUCGCCAGAUGCUAUUGACUUUGACAAAUUGGUGGAUGUACUGCGUGAUCUGAAGAAAGGAAAGGUGGCUGAAGUUCCAAUAUAUUCAUUCGAGAAGCAUGCACGGCUUGAUAAAACAGUUUCUAUAUAUUCUCCGCACGUCUUGAUUCUAGAGGGGAUCUUGGCUCUUCACGAUGAACGUGUACUUGAUCUGUUAGACUUGAAGAUAUUCGCUGAAGCUGAUGGAGAUCUCUGCUUGUCCCGAAGACUCCUACGUGAUGUCAGGGAAAGAGGUCGGGAUAUCGAAGGCUGCAUCAAGCAAUGGUUCAACUUCGUCAAACCUAACUUCCACAAAUACGUAGGGCCGCAGCGAGAAAUAGCUGACCUCAUCGUCCCGAGAGGCAUCGAGAACAAAGUAGCCAUAGGCAUGGUCGCCGACCGCGUCGAAAAACUCCUCGCCCAUAAAUCCAAGCUCCACCAAGUCGAGCUCCGCCGCCUGGGAAAAGUCGCCUCCGACAGCCCCCUCCUCCCCAACGCCCUAGUCCUCCCCCAAACCAACCAAGUACUCGGCAUGAACACUCUGCUUGUCGACCCCGCCACCUCAAAAGAAGACUACAUCUUCUACUUUGACCGCAUGGUAACUCUCCUGGUCGAAAAAGCUAUCGACUUUCUUCCGUUUGAGCCGAAGCAGAUCAGGACGCCGCAGGACUAUUUGUACAUGGGACUCAAGAAGAGCGGGGAGGUCAGCGCGGUCGUGAUUUUGAGGGGAGGAAGUACGUUCGAGACAGGAUUGAGGCGGAGUAUUCCGGACUGUAGGACUGGACGAAUUUUGAUUCAGACAAAUGAUAAGACGGGAGAGCCGGAGCUGCAUUAUCGGGCUUUGCCUGCCGACUUGUCAAAGGAUGAACUCGUCCUUCUACUGGAUCCACAAAUGUCGUCUGGAGCUUCUGCUUUGAUGGCGGUCCGCGUGCUCGUCGAUCAUGGCGUCCCAGAAGAGAAAAUAGUCUUCGUGACCUACAUGGCUGGCAAGAUUGGAGUUAAUAGGCUACUCAGCGUGUUCCCCGAGGUUAAGGUUGUGAUAGGACGAAUGAGCGACGAUUUGGAGAGCAGAUGGGUGGAAACGAGGUAUUUAGGAUGUUGAAUAGCACAGCAUGUACAUAUAACGAAACACCACCUCUAUGCCAACAACGCAUAUUAUGCACAAUGGUAUUGUCCCCGCGAUACAAAUGACGCGUGCAACUCCUCAACGCCUCUAAUGCAUGUCGCAUUGACACUCCCACGCUACCUUCAGCUCGAUAAAUGCCCAACGCUACUUAGGAACCCGUCGCUUGAGCAUCAGAGGAAGUACUCCGUCGUCACUUCUUUUCCUUGCUGUUGCUGCUGUUCGGCUCGGUGUGCAUCGUUUUCAGGCGCUGCGUCAAACACAUUAAAGAAU